CAAGGUUACGUGUACCGAAUCAGAAACUUUCACUGGUGACAAGCUAAUUGUUUCGCUAACAGUGGGUAACUCAAUGACUGUAGAAAAGUCAUUGGGGUAACUAGUACAGUUCGCCAUUGUGAUAUAUAUAUUUCAGUUACAAACCCAGAAAUAAUGAUGAAAAAAACGUCCGAAGUGGUUAAAAAGGAAGACAAGUCGGGAGCUGUUUCGGUUUGGGUUGAAGACGAUUUACGACAACUCAAACCUAGUCUUGAGAAAGUGACUGUCAGUGAGGGAAGGACAACACUGAACACUCAGGCCUUGAACAUCAGGAAACAUGCAGAGGAUUGUUUGAAAACAGUGAAUAAGCAGCAGCUGGUUCUUCCUCCCAUUGAAGAUUUACAAAAAAAGACCAUUUUUAAAUGGACUCCUUGUCUGGAGAAAGUCUCAGAUGUGAAGAAACAGAGAGAAAACCUUCCAGGAGCUCCAGCAGGGGAACAGGAUAAGUUAGCACUGAACAUGUGUUUGCCAAACAAAAGAUCCAUUAGGCAUCAGAAAUCUGGGAAAUCACUUACUGAUACUCACAGGAAGAGAGCAAAUGAGGCAAAAGGUGACAGGAUAAUCCCUGGCUCUGUGGUGAAUCUUCAAAGAGCUGAAUCCAAGGGCCAUCACAUCCUGGUAGUCCCCAAAGAAGACUUUGGGACAGAUUCAAGGUCCAGGUGCCACGAACAGCCAGUAUGUAAAACAAAAGCUGUCUCCACUUAUUUAAGAGCAGACAAAGACUGCACACCCACUGAGACACCAGCUUUCGCCACAACUUCCAAGAGCAUGGUUCCUAGAAGUCCUCAGAGCCUGCCUGUAGAUAUCCCCAGGUACCUUUUUACAAUCAGAAGUGGACAGGUCGACCCAAUGGCUGCAGACUUCUGUCAUUUCAAGCAGUGUUUUGUUUUGUGCUGGAGCAGUGUGGUUGAUGUUCUAGAGGCCCUGCAAAAACUGCUCAGGGAGUUUGCUGUGCCUUUAGCCAAAGUGAGUGGAGAGCGCCUGGUGGAGCUGAGCCAUGUUUGGGAUAGUGGUUGGAGUAAGGCUCCUUCAGCAAUGCCUGUCCUCUCAGUGCUAGAAAACUGGGAGGAGGUUUCAGAACUCAUCUCGCACCCAGGUCAGCGCUACAAGGGAGAGGGAGGCAUCGAGGCCGCUGCCAUCCACAUCCAGUCCUCCUGGAGGCGCUACUUAGCCCGGACAGCCUACUUGUGCCACUGUCGCCGCAAGUGGGCGGCGGGCACCAUUGCCAUCUCAUGGUUGAUGCACGCUCAGCUGUGCCGUGUCAGGAAGGCCCUGCAGGCUCGGCGUUUUAGUCAGCUGGAAAACAGUCGCAGCAGAGCACAGCAUCUGGCAGCCAACUGGAAACGCAUCCAGUCCUUCAAGAGGACCAUUAUCCACAUCCCUUCAUUAGGAUACUCUCAGAGGAAACGACUGAACUUGAGAGGCUUUGACAUCCUACAGAACAUCCAAAUGAGCAGGUUGUGUGAUAUUAGAGAUGAAAAUGUGGAGGUGAUCUACAUAUGUCCCCAGCAUCUGGGAAACGACAUCUUGGACUAUUACACCAGCCUCCUGAAGUGUGAUGGAGCCACAGAUGGGGCUGAUACCACGACCGCUCGAGCCUCAUCCUCCGUGAGACGCUACAUCAUCCUCACACCUGAGGCUGUAGAUUAUUUCCCAACCCAUAACAUGUGCCUGUCUACACUUCUGAAGUACAGUCCACAAACCCUGAAGCACAUCAGAAACCUGAUCCAGGGGAAGCAUGCCUAUAUUGUGGGUGGAAUUGCCCACGUGGAUGACCUGGCGGUAGCUGAUGAGUUAGGGCUACCAAUCCUGGGUCCAGAACCUGCUAUUGCUCAACACUACAGCACCAAAUCUGGAGCGAGGAGAAUUUUUGUGGGGGCAGAGAUCGAUGUGCCACCUGGUCAAGGAAACAUCUACUCGCUAAACCAGCUUCAUGAAACACUGGCAGAGCUUAUGACUCAAAACACUGAUGUGCAGCGCUGGCUCUUCAAGAUUGACUCAGAGGAUGGCGGCCGCGGUACAGCAUAUUGUGAUACAUGCCAUCUUAGUUGCUAUAAGUGGGCUCUGCAGGAGUAUCAUCGUUACGGUCCGGAGCUGUGGAACCCAAAAUGCAUUCAGGAGACUGUGCUGCUCAGAUAUUUAGAUGAGAUCCCAGAAUGGCUGACCCAUUAUGCCCAGCCUGCUAAAACCUCCUGCUAUCCCAACUGGGCCUGCUUCCUGAAGACCUUCCUCAGGCAAGGAGGUGUGGUGGAGGCCUACCCCCCUUCAAACAGUGUCACCUGUCUGACAGUAGAUCUGCUGCUGGAGCCAGGGGGUGAAGUGACCAUGUUCUCUUGUGGAGACCAACUCCAUGGUGGUUGCAAACUUGAAGCUAUAGGCUCCAUUGUUCCUCAGAGCUCUGUACACCCAGAAACUUUGCACUCCAUCUGCACCCGUGUGGGCCGGGCCUGCCUGCAGCGGCGUAUCGUAGGUUAUGUCUCUGUGGAUCUUGUUACCUUUCUGGACCAUAACACCAUGGAGAAGAAGGUGUGGGCUGUUGAUCUGGACAUCACAUACAGUAACCAGCUGGCCAUGACCCAGAUGCUUCUGAUGAUGACUGGAGGAACGCUGAAUUGCCGCACAGGCUGUUUAGAAGCGCCAAUGCCAAUCAGAGAGCAAUGCUGUGAACACCAGAUCGUGCCCAAAGCUCCAGUUGGAAAUCUUUGUGCAGUCAUUGGGAACCACUUAUUUCACUCUGACCUUUCCAUGUUAUACAAUAAGGUGUUCCUUAUGAUGUGCAAGGCCCAUGGCAUAAGAUUUAACAAAAAGACAAAGCAAGGCACGGUUUUCGCUUUUUUUGACAGCACUAAGCGAAGCAGUAUUGGAAUGAUAACAGUCUCAGAGGAUCUCCAGAGAGCUCUCGCGACCUUUGCUCGGCAUCUGUCAGUCAUUCAUCAGGAAAUAUCAGUCCCUAAAAGCCAAGGAGAAACCAAUUUCAUGGAGGUGAUUAAGGAAAUAGAAGAUAUACUGCAGAUGACUCAGAACAAGCUUCAAGGGGAGGCUAAACCUGCAUCUUAGAUAGUUCCAUUAUCAGUGUUGCUGACUUGCUUUUCCAAAAUCACUAAAUAUAACUAAAUAUGUCUACUCUGAAGAUGACUGAAGGACUUUCCAAAUAAAUUCCUGAACAAAAGCCUAAA